GCUAGUCUGACGACAUUGGUCGAGAUCCAUGACUUGAGAGUCACGGAUACUAUCCAAGUGAGAACAACCGCGAAAGAUGCCGAAGCUGUCGUCCACACACAACCCUCCAACUCCAUCGCCAUGCUGGUAAUAGAGUCAAAAUGGCAGAAGACAGCAUUCAGAGUACCAACGACGCCAGCAAUUUCUUAUCGGCACUGAUAUGUGGAGGCUUAGCCGGGACAAGUGUGGAUGUGGCUUUGUUUCCCAUUGAUACCCUCAAGACAAGACUUCAAUCUCCUCAGGGAUUUGCCAAGGCGGGAGGGUUUCGUGGUAUCUACAAUGGCUUGGGGGCAGCAGCGAUUGGUUCUGCUCCAGGUGCUGCACUCUUCUUUUCUACUUAUGAAACACUAAAACCAGUAUUUUCUGACUUGCAAGAACGUUACAAUAUUCAACCUGAUCAAGGUGCCAUUUCACACAUGGCAGCUGCCAGUGUGGGGGAAUCAGCCGCUUGUUUGGUCCGCGUCCCAACCGAAGUGAUCAAAGCCAAGAUGCAAACUGGCACAGGAGGCACUGGUGGAGGACUCAAAACGACAAUCCAAAUGGUAUUAAAGGAAACACACGGCACGCAACACAACAUUUUGGCUCCCAUUUUUGGUGGUCUGUACCGUGGUUACGCCAUUACAUUGAUGAGAGAAAUCCCCUUUGCCAUGAUCCAGUUUCCACUCUACGAACAGUUCAAACUAAGCUGGAGCGACUAUCAAGGUGUCGCCGUGUCACCCGUGCAAGCAGCGGCCUGUGGAUCAUUUGCGGGGGCGAUUGCUGCAGGAGCAACGACACCACUGGAUGUAGUCAAAACGAGACUCAUGUUGGGAGUGGACCAACACGGCAAUCACUAUAGAAAUGCCAUGGAUGUCGUCCAGAAAACCAUGGCAGAAUCUCCCAUGAAGUUUUGGAGUGGGGUACAACCUCGUGUCAUGUGGAUCUCCAUUGGUGGAUUUGUCUUUUUUGGUGCCUACGAGGGAUUUCGAUCUGUAUUUAGCACAGUUCUGUAAUAAUAUGGACGAUUCGAUUCUGGCAAAUUGAGCAAGUGUAGCUAGCUAUUAGCUAAAGGCAGUCUACUAGCUAGCUAGUGCCACCGUAGUUAGCU